AUGGCUCCAUCUCCACCGCCGUCGAGACGUAAGCCAGCCGCCACGACACCUAUAAAUGUGUGGAAGAAGCAUCGGCAAGGACGCAAGCUCUCGAGCGAUUGCAAGCAGAUGGUUCUUUCCGUGUACGCCAAGCUGCGAGAACAAUACCCGGACAGGUUGAGGAACGACUUAUACCAGCUGACGUCUGAGUAUACUGGCGUCGGAGCACGGACAGUUGCCAUAAAGAAGGAAGCCAUCACGAAUUCCGGGCUCCUUCGAACUCCAACUGAGGGUAAGGCGAUCUAUUAUCUCGACGAAACGUGGGUCAACGCCGGACACACCAUCAACAAGAUCUGGGUCGACACGACGGUGCGUUCUGCCAGAGACGCAGGAAAUCGCGGCCUCAGCACCGGUCUCAAAAAUCCAUCUGGCAAAGGCAGCAGACUGAUUGUCACUCACGUUGGGGGUGACCAAGGCUUUGUGGAAGGUUGCCUCGACAUUUUUCAUGGAGUGAAGUCGGGCGAUUACCACGACGAGAUGGAUGGCAACAGGUUUGAACAUUGGUUUGACUUGUUCCUGACCAAGGUAGAGCCAGGAAGCGUUAUUGUAAUGGAUAACGCUUCCUACCACUCAAGACGCGUGGAGUGUGUCCCCACGAAAUCUUCAACCAAGAGUGUCAUCCAAGAAUGGCUAAGCUCAAAGGGAAUUGACUGGGACAAAGACAUGCUCAAGGUGGAACUAAUUUCUUUAGUCUCCCAAGUGCGACACAAGUUCCUCAGCUACCGAGUGGACACACGUGCUGAAACUGUUGGGUGCACGGUUCUUAGGCUGCCCCCUUAUCAUUGUGAGCUGAAUCCCAUUGAGCUUAUCUGGGGGCAAGUGAAGAAUGAGGUUGCACGAAGCAACUCGUCUUUCAAACUAAAAGAUGUGAAGGUGCUUCUAGAGCAGGCAAUCAAGAAUGUCACGAAAGACAACUGGACCGCUGCUAUACAGCAUGUUAAGAAGAUGGAAAAGCAGUUCUGGGAGAAUGACAGCCUGUCGGACAGAGAGGUUGCACCAAUCAUCAUCGAAAUCAAUGCCGGAGAUGUCAGCGACGACUCCUAUGAAGAUGAAAGCUGCGAUGAAGUUGUCUCUGGAUCAGGCCAGCCACACAUUCCAGGUGUGGAGCCACUUAAUAUGUAA